AUGUCUUACAUGAAUGGGGUAGAAGAAGACAUUGAUAUUGAUAAGCGGAGCUUCUUUGAAGCUACUAGUAUUGUGAAAGAUAUUAUUCAACUUGAUCAUUCAGAUUAUUGGUUAUGGUGGUAUAAUAAUGAUGCAGACACGUAUAGUAGAAUGGUUAUUGCUAACGAAGUAAAUGAUGGUGGUAUUAAUGUUGAAGAUAAUGAAUGUAGUGAUGUUGAAAAUAAUGUUGAAGAAGAUAAACAUGAUGAUAGUGAUGAUAGUGACUCUAUUGUAACUAUUUAUGCACCUGAUUAUAUUUUUCAUGCACAUGUUUCAACUACUGAACAUGAUGUACCUGAGAUAGAUAUUUUUGAAACUCCUACAACCCUUAAACCAAUUGAGUUUCUUAAACUAGUUGAGCUCUUACAAUUUUAUGGAAGGGUUGAAGAAAUGGUUUAUUUUGCUAGCUUAAAAGGGCAGUAUGAGAUUGUAGUUCACCAUUACAUUCAGCAAGGAGAAGCAAAAAAAGCACUGGAAGUGCUUCAGAAACCUUCUGUCCUUCAUCGUAGUGUCCUUGGGGUGCUCUCCACAUUCUCAAAGGUAUAUGUCCUUAUGGAGUCAAUGGAUAUGAGUGAGUAUGCACAAGGUCAAGAUGAAACUCGUAAGGAAGCAUUGUCAACACUUUGGAUUAUUUUCACUAAAAUCGGUAAAGGAAAAGAUGGAGUGGAAAGAGCUGCAUGCAAUUUUUGUAGUACUGAUUUUGCCAUCGGAAAAAACCCCAAGUCCGGUCAAAGUUAUGGAACUUCACAUCUAAGUCGUCAUGUGUUUAUUUGUAAAAGUUUUCAGAUGAGCCUUCUUAGUCUAGAGGAAUCGUCAAGCCUAACCCCAAUCAACCAAAACACACAUCGUGAAUUACUUGGAGAAGCCAUUAUUGCACGUGAUCUUCCUUUUAGCUUUGUCGAGUAUGAAAAAAUUCGAGUUUGGGUGAAAUAUUUGAAUCCAUGUGUUGAAAUGGUCUCUAGGAAUACCACGGUGUCUGAUAUUAAAAAGAUAUAUGAUAAAGAAAGGAUCAAGCUUAAGGAAAUCAUGGGUAGGAUUCCAAAUAAAAUUUGUCUAACAUCGGAUGUUUGGACAGCAUCUACUAGUGAAGGUUAUAUCUGUUUGACUGCCCACUUUGUUGAUGAAAAUUGGAAGUUAGUUAGUUGUCUUCUUAACUUUCUUCGAAUGAAGCCUCCCCACACGGGUAUUGCAUUGGAAGCUACUUUAUUUGAUUGCUUAAAACAAUGGGGAAUAGAUAAGAAAAUAUUUACUAUUACUUUGGAUAAUGCCUCUGCCAAUGACAACAUGCAAGACCAUUUGAAAACUCAUCUUCGAGUGCAGGGCAAUUUGAUGUGUAAUGGUGAAUUUUUUCAUAUCCGGUGUUCGGCUCAUGUACUCAACUUAAUUGUCCAAGAGGGUUUAAAAAUUGCUAGUGAAGCCCUCCAUAAAAUUAGAGAGAGUGUCAAGUAUAUUAAAGGAUCUGAUGGAAGGAUGCUUAAGUUUAAAGAUUGUGUCGAGGAUGCAGGGAUAAAUGUUGGCGGUGGUUUAAGAUAUGAUGUAUCUACUAGAUGGAAUAGCACUUAUUUGAUGCUCGAAAGUGCCUUACAAUAUAGAAAAGCUUUUGAGUUUUAUAAGGUGGCAGAUAGAAGCUAUAGAUACUGUCCAUCUGAGGAGGAAUGGGAAAGGGGAGAAAGAAUUUGUGAGUUCUUAGAACCGUUUUACGAUAUCACAAAUUUGAUUUCUGGUUCAACUUAUCCAACAGCAAACCUGUAUUUCAUGCAAGUGUGGAAAGUACAAUGCAUUUUAGAAAAACAUCAAAAAAGUACUGAUAAGGUGAUAAAGGAUAUGUCUGAUAAGAUGAAAGUUAAAUUUGAAAAAUAUUGGAAAAAUUAUAGUGUCGUGCUAGCAUUUGGAGCAAUUCUUGAUCCCCGCUUGAAGGAGAAGUUUUUGAAGUUUUGCUAUAGUACACUUGAUGCGUCAACAUCUAAAGAGAAACUUGAGAAGGUGAUGGAUAAGUUCAAAGGGCUUUAUGAAGAAUAUGUGAGUUGUUCAACUAAUCAAAGCGUUUCUCUUUCUCAAUCAUCUUUCGAGUUCAACUCAUUGGCAAAGUUACGAGAGGGGAAUAAAGCUAAAAAAUCAAAGAUUAUAAGUGAUUUUAAAACAUGGAACUCAAUUGAGAGUAGAUUUGUCCCUGGCAAAAGUGAACUAGAUAUAUACUUUGACGAUGAAUUAAUGGAGCUCGAUGAAGAACACUCUGAAAAUUUUGAUGUACUUCUUUAUUGGAAGUUAAAUGAGAAAAAGUUUCCGAUACUCUCCAUAAUGGCACGUGAUGUGCUUAGCAUACCUAUCACGACCGUAGCAUCUGAGUCUUCUUUUAGUAUCGGUGGACGUGUUCUUACCAAAUACAGAAGUUCUACUCUUCCAGAACACAUUCAAAUGUUAAUUUGUACUCGAAGCUGGUUGCAUGGAUUUUCUGAAGAUAUGAAUGAUGAGGAUGAUAUCAACACUAACGAUGAAAGCAAUAUUGAGGUGACAACGACUCAACAUACAUUUGGAUUGCAAGAUUGA